AUGUCUGAACGGAACGAAGACAUCAAAGAGGAAGAUCUCGGCGAGUACGAUCGGUACGUCCUGGAGCAGCUGGUCGUCAACGACUGGGGUCUCAGCGUAACGACUCUUAACCGGAUGAUUUAUUGUGGUGUUAAUGAAGUUUGUCUUCACGUGAUCGAGGAUGCCGAAAUCAGCGAAUUGUUCAGCGACCCGCGAUUGUUGGGACAGAAAAUUAUGUUCAAACAUCGGCUCAAACAGUGGCGUCUUGGCGAAUUGUUUAAUGGCAACACUAACCACCAUCUCACCCAUCACGGAAGCCAAACCGGAACGGGCUCUGGUACACCGGCACCUAGUGCGGCGCAAUCGUUGCUCCAUCAUCACCAGCAACUACUAGCCGCUGCUGGGGCUGCUCUCAACGGAGCAGCAAAACGACAAUUUCCAUUUUUCACCGAUCCGGGUCAACACCAUCUGCCCGCGGAUGACGAUGUCAUCGGCGCACGUGCAGAACUUUGUGCAACCGGAGGUACUACUACGCCGAAUGGAGAUGGAGUGCAACAGAAACUGAAACGGCGCCACCAGAUGAAUUCACCUUCCACCGGGAUAGGAUCAUCAUCGUCAUCCUUUGCCGCUGGCCCCCCACAGACCAAGCGAAAGUUUGAAGAUCCAGCUCUGGCAAAGGGAGGCCUUCCUGGGAGAUCUGGGGCACUUGGUGAUGUGCCUGUUAAAAUCGAUCGUGACGGGCUGCUGAAGAUACUACAAUCGAACCAAUCGGGUCGCUCUGUCCUGACGGCAUUCCAGCCCCAUGAGCACCUGGAUCGUCGAGCACAAACCAUCAUCACGCAUUGCAUUGUGGAUCAAUUCCUGCAGUACAAUAUCUUGUUCAAGCAUCGACUAAUGAGCCACUACGCAGAAGUCAUAACUGAACUAUUUCCGGCCGAAACGAAAGAAGUAUACUAUGCACCGAGGAACACGGUUAAGCGCAACACAUCGGGGAAGUUGUUCGAUCGCUACACCAACCAGCGGUUGCGGCACAAGGAUCGGUUACCACGCGUUAAACCUUUCAUCGUAGACGAAUGGAGCGAAAACAAAACGUUCGAGCAUCUGGCCGCUAUCAACGAAGCUGCACAGUUGAACGGUAGCCUUCUAGCUGCGGUGGCCGGAAGUGGCAGCAUAGAUGUGAAUGGUGCGAAUGGUGGGUUUGGUGACGAUUACUCGAACGGGACAAUAAUUCCGGGCGGCAAUGGAAGCGAUGACGGUGGCAAUGUGAGCACUGACUUUUUGCAACCACUUGCCACAAUGUUCGUUGAAGGUGAACAACCCCUGACCAGCAAUGGGAAUACGCUGGUAACUGCGGUGGACUAUUCGACGAGAGAGGAAGAAAUCGACGAUUAA